GAGAGAAAACAGGUUGCUCCUGCUUUCCUCUUCAUUGGCAUUUUUUUGAGCCCAAUGAGGCAUUCUGGCUGUUGCUAUUUUUUGCUAUAUUAGCUUACCAGCAAAAGGCUGCCUCAGAAACUGCCAGUCUUCAUUGCCUGAUUAGUAAUGAAUAGUCAUCAACCUUUGACAACCACAGGGGACAGAGGGAACAAGACAAGUGGAAGUAGCAGGGACCCUCCAGGAGAACCUUGCCACAGGCUAAGCAUUCACCAGAUUUCCUACACUAUCAGAGAGCGUUCUGGCCCUUGGUGGGACAUUGGUUCAUAUUGGAAAAAAUGGACCAGACAGAUCCUCAAAGACAUCUCCUUGUAUGUCGAGAGUGGGCAGAUUCUGGGGAUUAUAGGAAGCUCUGGCUCUGGAAAAACAACUUUGCUAGAUGCCAUAUCUGGAAGACUAAGACGUAAAGGGACCUUCCUUGGAGAAGUGUGUGUGAAUGGACGGCAGUUGAAAAGAGACGAAUUUCAAGAUUGCUUCUCCUAUGCUCUGCAGAAUGAAACUUUGCUGAGUAAUCUCACAGUACAGGAGACACUGUUCUAUACUGCUCUAUUGGCCAUUCGUGAGGGCUCCAAAGACUUCUUCGAAAAAAAGGUGGAGGCAGUAAUAGCAGAGAUGAGCCUUGGCCAUAUUGCUAACAGGCUGAUUGGGAGAAAAACUUUUGGGGGAAUUUCUAGUGGUGAAAGGCGCCUCAUCUCUAUUGCAGCCCAGCUCCUCCAGGAUCCUAAAGUGAUGCUAUUUGAUGAGCCAACCACAGGGCUGGACUGCGUGACAGCAAAUCGGAUUGUAGUCCUGCUCUCCAAACUGGCCCGAAGAAAUCGGAUUGUGAUCCUCACCAUCCACCAGCCCCGCUCAGAGCUGUUCCAGCUGUUUGAUAAAAUUGCCAUCAUGAGCUGUGGAGAGUUGGUUUUCUGUGGGGCACCUGCGGAAAUGAUUGAUUUCUUCAGUGACUGUGACUAUCCUUGUCCGGAACAUUCAAACCCAUUUGACUUUUAUAUGGACCUGACAUCAGUAGAUACCCAAAGUAAAGAACGUGAAAUAGAAACCUACAAAAGAGUGCAGCUGAUUGGAUCUGCCUAUAAAACUUCAGUAAUUUAUCAACAAACUUUGGAGAAUAUAAAAAAAGUAAAACACUUGAAAACAUUGCUACCAGUUCCUUUUAAAACCAAGAAUUCUCCGGGCACUCUCGCCAAAUUAGGCAUCCUCUUGAGGAAAAUAUCAAGAAACUUGUUGAGAAAUAAAAUGGCAGUGUCUGUGCGACUCAUUCAGAAUUUCAUCAUGGCUUUGCCCCUUUUGUUUUGUAUCCUUCAUUUGAAGAAUGAUCUGCUAAAAGGUGCCAUUCAAGAUCGAGUAGGCCUUCUGUACUCAUGUGUGGCAGGAUUACCAUAUACUGGUCUGCUCAAUGCUAUCACUCUCUUUCCUGAUUUACGGGCCGUUAGUGACCAACAGAGUCAGGAUGGUUUAUAUCAGAAGUGGCAAAUGCUGGUGGCUUACAUCCUGCACAUUCUUCCCUUCAGUAUCCUCGGCGUGGUGAUUUUCAGCAGCGUGCUCUAUUGGUCUGUGGGCUUGUACCCCGAGGGGGCCAGAUUUGGGUAUUUCUGUGCUGCUACCUUUGUACCCCAUUUAGCUGGUGAACUCCUAACAAUUGUGCUUCUUGGUGUGGUUCAGAGCCCCAAUAUAGUCAACAGUGAAGUGGCCUUGCUUAUCAUUGCAGGAGUCCUUGUUGGAUCUGGAUUUAUGCGGAACAUAAAUGACAUGCCCAUUCCUUUAAAAAUCCUCGGUUACUUUACAUUUCAAAAGUAUAGUUCCGAGAUUUUAAUAGUCAAUGAAUUUUAUGGACUGAAUUUCACUUGUGGUGGUUCAAAUUCAUCAGCAGGAAAUCCACUCUGUCUCUUCACUCAAGGAAAUAUGUUCAUUGAAAGAACCUGUCCAGGUGCAACAUCAAGAUUUACAACAAACUUUCUUAUUUUAUAUGCGUUCAUCCCUGUUCUUGUCAUUUUAGGAAUAAUUGUGUUCAAAAUAAGAGAUUACUUGAUUAGCAGAUAGUGACAAAUACUGCCACUAAAAAACUCCUAUUUGUAGAUAAGUGGUUUAAAACCUGAAGAUAAAUAUAUCUAACAAUUUUCAAAUUCCAUGGGUUGCAUUCUUGAUACCAUCAAGAUCCUGGAGACUGUGACUCAAGUAGUUAUAUGGACCUCUGGCUAUUGUCCUGGUUGUCACUUUUCUAUCCCGUGAGUUUUGGCGCAUGGAAACUUAUUCAGAUGUUUCACGAAAUGUAAAUAAUAAUUCAUAAUGAAAAGACAUUUUAAGCUUGUCUUUCUUGUUCUGUACACAGAGGGGAGAAAUCAUAAAAAAAAAAAAGGAUGGUGUGUAUUGAUGUUAUUAUAACACUUACUCUAAGUUAUCUGUGAAAAGAAAUGGUGUGAAUGAUUAUACAGCCAUUGUGGAAACUGUGGGUUUGAAAAACACAAUGGAAGUAUAAUGGAAAACUGCAUUAUUCUUACUUCAUUUCCUUAAUGAUUCAUGAUUUCAUCAGUGUGGGUUUUUUCAUGGGAAGAUGUAAUAAUUCGCCACAACUUUUAGUAGCUGGUCUUCAAAAAUUGCUAGGUUUGAGAAAAUCACCGUGUUUCUACCAACUUGCUGAUGGAUUAAUUUGAUGAAGUCUGACCUUCCUUGCUCACAUCCAAGUAUGUCUAGUUGUUGUUGUUCAGUCCCACCUAAUUCUUUGUGACUCUGUGUAUCGCCGCAGGACAAUACUGUUCCACAAAGUUUUCUUGGCAAAGGUACUGGAGUGGUUUGCCAUUUCCUCCUUCAGUAAAUGAAGGCAAAGUGACCUGCCCAAGUGUCUGAGGAAGAUUUGAACUUAGAUUUUCCGAACUCCCAGCCCUGCAUUUUAUCCCACUGAAAAAUCUAUCUGCCUCCUCUAGUAGGCUUUAUAAAUAAAACUAUUUUUAGUUUUAUAAAUAAUAUUAUUAU